GGAGGGAGAGAAGAAGAGGGAGAAUUUGAAAGGCAGAGAGAAAGACAGGGGCGGAAAAGGAGAGAGGGAGGGAGAGAAGGGGGAAAGAAGAGGGAGAGAAAAAGAGGAAGGGAGAAAUAAAGGCUUAGAGAAAGAGAGAGGAGGAAAAGAGGGAGAGAAGAAGAGGGAGAGAAAGCGAUAAGGAGGAAAAGGAGAGAAGAAGAGGAAGGGAGAAAUAGAAAGGCUUAGAGAAAGAGAGGAGGAAAAGGAGGGAGAGAUAGGGAGGAAAAGAGGAAGAGAAGAAGAGGAAGGGUGAAAUAUAAAGGCAGAGCGAAAGAGAGGGGAGGAAAAGGAGGGAGAGAGAGGGGGGGAAAAGAAGAGGGAAGGAGAAAUAGAAAGGCAGAGAAAGAGAGGGGCGGAAAAGGUGGGAGGGAGGGGGGAAAGAAGAGGGAGGGAGGGAAGGAGAUAAGGAGGAAAAGAGAGGGAGAAUCACAGAGAGAAAGAGGGAGGGGAAGAAGGGGGAGAGAAGAGAGGUUGCUUGCUCGCCCCGCGCCUCCUUCUCGGUGUUGCUCUUCUCUCCCGCUCUCAUUCCGCAGCUCGUCCGGGCCGAUUGGGCGCCUCCGCGAAGGAGAAGAGGAACAGUAGGGAGCGCCCUUCGGAGGGCAAGGGCAGGGGCAGGAGGCCUCGCGGGGAGCCAGGCGCGGGCCCUCGGGGCGUUGGGCGUGAGUGGCAUGUGCGCGCGUCCGGCGCGGGGGCUCCUUCCCGGCGGAGGAGGAGGAGGAGGGGGCGGCGGCGGAGGAGGGGCGAGGAGCCAGAGCCCCGGACGGGCACGCCGCUCCUCCUAAGACUCCGGAGCCAGGAUGGGCCGCCUGCCGCAGCCCCUGCCGCUCUUCCUGGUCUGCCUGGCGCAGGGCGUCCUCCCGCUCAUAUGCUGUGAUGCUAAGCAAAUCAUUCACACCACAGACUUAUUGGACUGGGAGGACAAAGAUACUGCAGAAACAUUGGUUGAUAACAUAGUCCAUUCGAAGAUCGUCAAUCCUUUACGCCUCUUUGUGAAGCCAUCACCAGGACUGAAACAUGGGCAGAUGCCAUAUUCGGACAGCAUAGACAACUUUUGGGAUUGGCUAUCCAACAUCACUGAAGUUCAGGAAUCUCUUCAACGAACUAAACGCAGACCAAUUGUAAAAACUGGGAAAUUCAAGAAAAUGUUUGGAUGGGGAGACUUCCAUUCUAACAUCAAAACUGUGAAGCUGAAUCUUCUCAUAACAGGGAAAAUUGUUGACCAUGGCAAUGGAACCUUCAGUGUUUAUUUCCGGCACAAUUCAACCGGACUUGGAAAUGUUUCGGUGAGCCUGGUGCCACCUUCUAAGGUGGUGGAGUUUGAACCUUCACCUCAGUCGGCUUUGGAGACCAAGGAGUCCAAGUCUUUCAACUGUCGAAUUGAAUAUGAGAAAACAGACAGGGCUAAGAAAACUGCAUUGUGUAAUUUUGACCCUUCAAAGAUUUGUUACCAAGAGCAGACACAAAGCCAUGUAUCCUGGUUGUGUUCCAAACCAUUUAAAGUCAUCUGUAUUUACAUUGCUUUUUACAGUGUUGACUACAAACUGGUGCAAAAGGUCUGCCCUGACUACAACUACCACAGCGAGACACCCUAUUUAUCCUCUGGAUGAUAUACUCACUCCUAUUUUCAAGGACUGUGAAAUCUGAAUAUUGAUAAUCUGUCUAAAAUUCUACUUAAAAUGUCUUCAGGCAGUGCUUCCCAAUCAGGUUAAAAUAAAUACAUUUCUUCCCCUGAAAAUGACCCCCUUCUAUGGGUUGGUUCACCCAUGUAUGUUUUGCACUUGAUGGCUUCAGCAUCAAGUAGCAAUGUGCAUGUUCUCAAUGUACCAUCUGGGAUCAAGCACGAUGUAAGGUCCUUCCACAGCAGUUCACAGGCACAUGUCUUUUAGUGGAGUUAGUUCAGCCACUCAGCCGCAGUUCAACAUAAUGAGCAAUUGCGGUUGUGCAUGUGCAUCGGCCAUACAUCUGUGCUGUUACCAUGGAACAUUUUCACAUUCAGGUACCCAAAUGUUGCUUUUAAAAAAACAUUUAAUUUUGGGGUGUUUUUUUUUAACACAAUUCUAAUUAUUGGGAAAGCAACAACCACCACUAGCAAUAUGGGGAUGAGACGCCAAGAACAAUCUCACAUGUAAGCAAUGUGUACUAUUCAACUGAUCUGAAAACUGCAAAAAAAAUCUAACGCCAACUGUUUGGUGUUGAAGGAGGUACUGCAUUGGCAUUAUGGGAUGAUUUGGCCAGAACUGCUGUUGAAUGCAAAUGUGUCAAGGCAAAUAUUCAGGUCCCUGUAGAAAUGAAACAAAAAUGGGCAUCUGUACGAAUUUAGGAGAGAAUUAAACAGUGGUAUAAGAUUAUGGGGGGAAAGUAUUACUGUGCAGGGGGGCUUACACGUCACUACAUUUGCCAUAAAUUCUGCCUAAAGUUUAGGCGAAAAAUUCUAUUGAGAGUGAAUGUUACAGUGUGUUUCUGUGAGAUUUGCAUAGCCUGUUCAUGAUUGAAUCUUUCACAAGAGCUUUCUAAAGACUUGCCAUUUAACUAUAGUGUAGCAGAAUUGAUAAUGCAGUGUGGGUAUAUCCUCUGAAGCCAUGUUUAUAUCAGUUCCUGAAAUGCACUAGUAUAAUUUUUGCACCUACGUCUGAGUUUAAAAGCACAUUCUAACUUUAUUGCUACACUCCUAUAUUAAAAUUUGCCAUUAAUGAAAUAGAAUAAAACAGGGUCCUAAUUAAAUACAUUUGUAAAAUGAACCACUUAAUACUAUAGGUUUCAGUAGCUAAACAGGGUUAUCCUUAAAGGCUGUUGCUAGCACAGUACAGUGAAAUCUUCCUGGGAUCUCAACAGCUUUUGCUAUAAUAAAAGGAAGAGGUUUUCCCCUGACAUUAAGUCUAGUCGUGUCCGACUAAGCCGAAGAGCCGCUGUUGUCAGUAGUCACCUCCUAGGUCAUGUGGCCAGUAUGACUGCAUGGAGCACCAUUACCUUCCUGCCACCUUCCUGUACCUAUUGAACUAGUCACAUUUACAUAUUUUCAAACUGCUAGGUUGGCAGAAGCUGGGGCUGACAGUGGGAGCUCACCCUGCUCCCCAGAUUCAAAUAGUUAACCUUUUGGUCAGCAUGUUCAACAGCUCAGAGACAUUAAUCUCUAGGAUUGCCAGGUCUCUGAAGGAAACCAUUCUCAUUUAAAUGCAGUAAAUCGUAAAGCACACUUUCAGUGAAACGGGCAAGCUAUGGAGGAUCACCCCUUUCUGUGCAAUGGAAAUCAUUCUGAAACCAAGGAGAAGGCUUGAUUUCUAGCAGCAUGUACACUUGCCAGGUGUGGAAUGGUAGGAAAAUUUCUUAAGAAAUCUGAGAUAUGAUUUAUCCAUUGCAAACUUGUGUUUAUCUGACCAGAAUUUCAGGGUUUAUGUGUACGUGUCCUGAUAGUGUUCAUUUUUUUUUGUAUGAGAAAGUCUUAAUUACGUUAUUUUACUGAAAUAUAUGUAUAUACAACCCUUCCUCCAUUCUAGAAGUGUAGACCGCAUAUGUGGUAUAACCUCCCCCGCCCCCCUCUUAGUUCCAGUACUGAACAACUGAACUUCAAGUAAAAUAUCUUUUUCAUCCACCCACACCUUUGGAUGACCACACUUUUGUAUUCAUGACACCAGUGAGAGGCUCAUUUAUUCCAAAUAAAAAGCAACUGUUUUUUUAAUCGUGUCAGAAGCUACUUGAGAAUAUACUGCAAGUUGCUUCUGGUGUGAGAUAAUCGGCUGUCUACAGAGACAUUGCCCAGGGGACGCCUGGAUGUGUUACCAUCUUCCUGGGACGUUUCUCUCAUGUCCCUGCAAGCUAGAGCUGACAGACAGGGAGUAACCCUGUCUCACAAAUUUGAACUGGCAACCUUUAGGUCAGCAGUCCAGCCGGCACAAUGGUUUAACCUAUUGCACCACCACAGCUUUUUAAAGCACCUGGUAAAAGAUCCAAUGAAAAACCCAGUGAAAAGCUUUCUUAAAAAAUUACCAUGUGCAAUUUAAAAGCUAACAGUGUCUGCUUGCCAGUGAAAUGGAUAUAACCUGUGAAACAGAUUCUUAUUUCCCCCGUAGUCCUACGUAUACAUCCCAGAAUCUAUUUCAGAGAGAUAGAGGACCUUCUGCACCAUUUUAGGUAUGUAUACAGAGGCAGGAAAGGGAAACUCCUUUUCAUAUGUUAUAGGGUAUAGCUCUCAAAAAUUAUUAGAUUUCAGUGAAAAAGAAUGGAAAAAUGGAAGUCACCUUCAAAACAUACUAACGGUUGUCCAAAGUUGAAAGAGCAUAUAAAACUGAUUUGUAAAAACUACAGUGCAUUUCAAGGUUAUACACAUAAUUCACUUAAUUCUAGAAAGGUCAACUGCAGCAUUUGCAGUUAUUUAUUGCUGCAAAUAAUAAAAGAAUAAUGUCCACUGUCACUGACCGAAACAAGUAGGAUCCAAAGAAUUUCUGUAUUAGCCCCUCUCUUCAAACAAAGCAGGGGGUUCCUUCUACCCUUGUUUCCUUUUUGUUACAAUGCAUAUUUCCUAAAUGCAUGCCAGGAGAGAACAUGGUGAUACUUUACUACUAACGUUUUGAAGACCACAUUACAUUCCCUAGAAUCAAACAUCUUUGCCCAAGAAGCUAGGACAGCAAUGGAAAAGAAAUUUCUAGUGUGAAAGAUUCCCAAAUUGCCUUUUCCUUAUCAUUGUGCAUCUGGUCUCACCUCAAUCACACAUCCAAACCACCACCAUGUUACUUAAAUAUGUAUAAUAUGUAUUCUUGUAUAGACCAGAAAUAUGGCCAAGACCUAUUUCUGUAGUUCUCAACCUUUGGUCCCCAGGUGUUUUGGCCUACAACUCCCAGAAAUCCCCAGCUGUUAGGAUUUCUGGGAGUUAAAAGCCAAAAACAUCUGGGGACCCCAGGUUGAGAACCACUGCCUUAAAUCCUUUGUACAGAAGAAUCACAGAAUCAUAGUUGGAGUAGACCACAAGGGCUAUCUAGUCCUAACCCGUGCUAUACAGGAAUACAUAAUCAAAGUGAUCCCAACACAUGGCCAUGCAGCUUCUGUUUAAAAACCUCUAAAGGAGAUGCCAUCAUAUUCUGAAGCAGCAUAUUUCAUUGCCAAACAUCUCUUACCAUCAGGAAAUCAAGUUGAAUCCAUUUCUCUGUGUUCCAUUAGACCAGCAGAACGUAAACUUGCUCCAUCUUCAAUAUGACAGCCUUUCAAAUAUUUAAACAUGGCUACCAUGUCCUCUCUCAGCCGCCUUUUCUCCAAGCUGGACACACCCAGAUCCCUAUGCUGCUCCUCAUAAGACUUGGCUUUAAGUUAUUCACUUGUGAAUAUCCUUGAAUUGUGGUUCCCAGAAUUGGAGACAAGAUUCCAGGUGAGGUCUGACGUAAGCAGAAUACAUUGCAACUAUGACCUCCCUCAAUCUGGGCCAGUGGUUCUCAACCUGGGAUCUUCAGAUGUUUUUGACCUACAACUCCCAGAAAUCCCAGCCAGUUUACCAGCUGUUAGGAUUUCUGGAGUUGAAGGCCAAACACAUCUGGAGAUCCCAGGUUGAGAACCACUGAUCUAGACACUAUUUUUAAUGAAAGUUUUCAGGCAGCAAAUUAACACUUAAAAGGAACAAAAAUUAUUUUACAAUUUCUUUCCCAAGAAAUUUUGAGAACACAUACAUUUUUACAGACACACACACACAUUUAUUUUACAAUUAUUUCAGAUAUAUAUUUAUCACAUCAUGACCAUUUCUUGAACUCCCUCAGCUUACUAUGCAAACUCCUCCCAGCCAGCUUCAACCCCGAUCGAAAUUUCUGUUGAAGACCAACCCUUUAAUUCCCUUUCUUCUCCCCUUAACUCCAAUUGUCCCUUUAAAAGUCCAUUGAUACCGAUUUCUUGAUUCCAGAUAGAGAUGGGUGUUGUUUCUGUCUGCUAACCUAGCUUUUCAAUAUAAUAAAUUGACAAGACAUUGCUGUGUACCUUCAAGUUAUUUAUGACUUAUGGUGAUCCUAAGUCAGUGGUUCUCAACCUGUGAGUCACCAGGUGUUUUGGCCUACAACUCCCAGAAAUCCCAGCCAAUUAACCAGCUGUUAGGAUUUCUGGGUGUUGAAGGCCAAAACAUAUGGGGACCCCCAGGUUGAGAACCACUGUCCGAAGGAGACCAUAUCACAGGGUUUUCAGUGGCUGAGAGUGUGUGAUUUGCUUAUGGCCAUAGAAUUAUAGAAUUUGAUGACACAAUAGACUCGUGUAGAACUAGUUAACUAACAUGGCUCCGUAACUUACAUACUAUAUCCUUUUAUGUUCCCCAUCUUUUCCUUCUUUCCCCCCUUUUUAUUGUUUGAGUUAUUAAAAUAAAACUUAUUUGUCAAAAAAAUUACAAAAGAGUCCAUAAGAGCGAUCCAGUCCAUCCCCAUCUGCCAUGCACAAAUGCACCAAUCAAAGCAUCCAUGACAGGUGGUCAUUCAGCUUCUGUUUAAAAAAUGCCAGAGAAGGAGGGUCUACCACAUUCCACUGGCAAACAGCUCUUACCAACAGGAAGUUUUUCGUAAUGUUUAGGUAGAGUUUAUUUUCCUGUCGUUUAAAUCUGUUGCUCCAUAUCUUAGUCCUUCCUCGGUAUGACAUCCUUUGAAAUAUUUGAACAUGACUGUUAUGUCCCUGCUCAACCGUCUAUUCUCUAAGCUGAACAUGCCCAGCUCCUCGUAUGGUAUGGCUUCCAUAUCUUUGAGUCACUCAAUGGGUUUUCAUGGCUAAGACACUGUUCUCUAGAGCAGUGGUUCCCAACCUUUGAGCCUUUGAGUGUUUUGGACAACUCUCAGAAAUCCCAGCCAGCUUACCAGCUGUUAGGAAUUGUGGGAGUUGAUGUCCAAAACACCUGGAGGCCCAGAAGUUGGGAACCACUGCUCUAGAGUCAUAGUUCAGCACUCAAACCACUACACCACACUUUCUGCUAAUUGACAAAAUAGUUAUAAUUAAAAAAUAUUAAUUGAACAUUGAUGACCAUUGCACUACCUGUCCUGCAUGUCUGUGUUAAAGUCAUAUUACCUCUUGUCCAAAACAUAAUCCAAUCUGGAGGCUUUUGACAGAAUUAACCCGUACAGCCAUACUGUCUACCUUCUAUGAUUUCCAGUGAAGUGUAGUUUCAGUUAUGGGUCAAAUAAUGUUCAUUAGAUCUGAACAUGUUGGCAAAAAACACAGGAAUACCCAGCCAUCUAUAAGCUUAGUCCCCUCCUGACUCCAAAACAGUGUAUUCAUUUCUUUAUGUUGCAGGAAAUCUCUAUCCAAUUAUUAUUUAGUUAAACAAAAGUAGUGGUCAUAUAAAUUUGCAGAAGAUAAGUGUGUUUUUUAUUUGAUUGGUCAUAAAUGUGAAAAUUUACACAUUUUUAUCCUGUUGAGAAUAUUUUUUUUUCUGCAUUAACAUCCUUUCCAUUUUUCCCCUUUCUGCCAAGAUGAUAAACCAUGAUAAUUCUAGUUCACAUUUAUGUCUUGUGUGCUCUAGAUUUAGCUGUAUAUAAGCUAGGAUUUAUUGCUAAAAUUUAUGAGUUCAAUACUGGGUGCUUUUGUAAUUCAGUCGUAAGCCAUUAUUUUUGGACAUGUAUUUUUACCCACCUCUAUAGGCAAUUUAAAAUACAGCUAAAAGUUAUUUAUUGUAGAAUAUGUGGGAAUUAUAACUGUAUAUAUACUUAGAAAUGUUUGUGUACAAGUACAAAAUACCUGCAUACACAUAUUUCUAUGUAAAUAAAUAGAGUUUGUUAAAUCUG